UAGAGAGAAUAGGAGGAAGAAGAAGAAGAUGGUGAGAGGAAAGAUUGAGUUAAAGAAGAUCGAGAAUGCGAACCGUCUUCAAGUCAGUUUCACCAACAGACGCAAAGUGCUGAUGAAGAAGGCUAACGAUCUUUCGAUCCUCUGCGACGCUGACGUCGCUCUUAUCGUCUUCUCCAGCACCGGCAACGUUUACAAUUUCUCUAGCCGCAGUAUGGAGCAAAUUCUCUAUAGAUAUGGGUACGUUGCUGCUGAUCACAGACAGAGAGAAGAAUCUAUGGCGAGUGAACUUAAGAGAUUACAGCUUGCAGUCGAGAGAGCGAAGGGUAAGGAGCUUGAGGGUAUGAGUUUCUCCGAUCUUAUUUCUCUUGAAAGCCAGUUGAAUGAUAGCUUGCUUCGUGUUAAGGAUCAAAAGACAAUCUUGCUCAACCAGCUAGAACGAUCUCGGUUACAGGAGAAAAGAACAUUGGAAGAGAACCGACUUUUGCGCAAACAGAUAGAGUCGAUGGUGGGGAGAGGUUCAUCAGGACCACAAGUAGAGCCUGAGAAGAAUGACAACGAGGAGCACCUUUCUGACACUUCCUUGCAGCUGGGCUGGGGAAAGAGAAAGAAGCUGAAGAUCGAACGCCCUGCCAUAACUCUGUCUUCUGAUUGAUCGAUAUCAAUCACUCUCUUAGUUUUGGUGUUUGGUAUUAGAGAGGUUUUAUUGUGUAUUCUUCUUUGUUUAGUAUAUAGAUUUUGCUUUUAUGUUUUCAGGUAGUCAACAUUAGUUUCCAACAGAGAAGAAACAGAACAUCAAACCCCAAGAAGAGAAUGUAUCAGGAGAAGAACAAUUUCCAGUUUUUUUUGCUAUAUUACUAACUAUUUCUGCGUGAUUCCACUUGGACAAUACGUAAUUAGCAUAAAAUGCAUAAUUAUGAAGGUUUUCGUUUCACAUGUUCACAAUUAUCGACGAGGGUUAGGAGCAUAGCACUUCCCAACAUAAACACUAAAGAUUCAAUAUAACUACGACCACAGUGUUUAGAAUAAUCACUGAAGUGUUUACAAUACAAAAGAUAGACAUUCAACAUUCAAGGAAACUACUACAAUAAUUUUCAACAAUAGACACUCUAAAAUAUAUCCAUUUCAAAAAAAGUAAUGAGACCUUAUUAAUAUACACAAACACCAAACUAAAGAAAUUACUAACACUAUUAGACUGAUCAGUGAGGUAAGCAUCAGACACUUAACCGCCGAAGAACUACUCUCCUUCGGUUUAGUAGUGGUCACCGUCAAGUCUCCCAUGUUGUUAGUCUCUCAUGCGAGUUCGAUUUCAAUUUGAAGCUCUGAUACCAAUUAUUGAAAUCAAACUUGUAAUCGUAACUCAACGAACACAAACGAACUCAAAUCUCUUUAUUAAUCACUCAAAGCUUUAGAAAAUUAACCUCAAAAAACUAAAGCUCUCAACUCAUAAGUUAUACUACAUCAUAGUAUUUCCUUAUAUAUUGAUUCUAAUUUCCUAAACUCAUUAGGAAACAUAUAAGUAACUUUUCCUAAACUCAUUAGGAUAGCUUGUAGCCUAAGUUAACUUCAAGCUUAAGUCAACAAAAUCAAGACUGAAAACAAGGCAAAAAAUAAAUAAAACAGUUCACCUUUACCACAAAUGACAAGGUGCAUUUGUCCUCCAACAAAAAUUUUAUGGAAUAACUCAAAAAAUAGACCACGGAGUUCCUCAGUCGAAUAGUUUUUGAAAGAGUUUCUGUUACCUAAAAAUGAAAAAAAAAAAACAAAUUAAAAAUGAGGAAAAAAAAAAGAGAGGGAGAGAGCAAAUGUUAAGAUUUAAGAACAUACCAUGUCCAAAACAGUUAAAAAGAUGAGACUCAAAAGCCGUAUGACCUUUUAGAUGCUCAAGGCGAAUAAGUUCAUUUAGCAUUUUCAAUUCAAAUUCUGUAUCAAAAAUAUAUCAUUGUAAGACAUUUAAUAGAUAAAUUCUUAAAAGAUAAGACUUACCAUUUUCAAUAGCAGUUAACUCGGCUUCUAGGGAAGUCAUGUU